AUGCAUUUCCCAACCCUCCCAACCAGCUUACUCGUCACUCUCGUACUGCAUUACGGGGUGAACGGCGCCACCUCCGAAAAGAAAGACGAGAAGGUGCUGGAUCCGUGCACAGUUGGAUCAACGACAGGGGCUUUCUAUGAUUUGAGGUCUUUAUCCAUAGCGCCGCCAGCGGAUGACAAGAAGCCUGCGAAAGGGGACAAGGUGGACGACUGGCAUGCGAAAGGCUAUGACUAUCACGACAAUGGGGCGAACUUUACUCUCAACAUCUGCGCGCCGGUGGUGUCGAAGGUGGAAGAUGUUGUGGGCGUCGACAAGAAUAUGUGGAGGAAUGUUAGCGCAUACUAUAAUCUCGGGGGGAAGACAUAUUCCAUUGGGCAGAACUCUUCGGAAUUGACUCUGCGAGGAAGGAGACUUGUUCUUCAAUACACGAAUGGGUCUCCGUGUACAAGUGACAAGAAACGAUCGACGUUGGAUCCGGAGGAGGGGCAUAAGGAAAUCAGAGCGGAGGGCGAGGAUCUCGUUCGCCGGAAGUCUACUAUAAUAUCAUUCCACUGCGACAAAGACCCUCUCGCAACUCAGGCGACCGCAACCUUUGUCGGGACAGACCCAGAGGAGUGCUCAUACCACUUCGAAGUCCUCUCCCGCGCAGCCUGCAUCACAGCAGAGCCUGCCAAACAAUCAAUCGGGCCCGGGGCCCUCUUCGGUACUAUCGGUGUCAUCGCAAUCAUGGUAUACUUCCUCGGCGGUGUGUUCUACCAGCGCAACGUAGCGCAUGCUCGCGGAUGGAGGCAACUACCGAAUUACAGUAUGUGGGCGGGCAUUGGCAGCUUCAUAAAGGAUGUUUUUGUCAUUGCCACUUCAUCAUGUUCUCGCCUCAUGCCGAGAAGAAGGGGGUACAGCGCACUGUCCGCCUCGGCAAACGGCAGCGGCCGCGGUCGAAACGGCGGAGCAGAAGACGAGAACCGCCUGAUCGAUCAGCUGGAUGAGGAGUGGGAUGACUAG